GUGGCUGCGGCCCGGGGGGAAGUGAAUGGUUUUACCCAUAGGGCUGUGCGCCGCCUUUCUCCGCUGGCCCGGGCGCCGCUCCCAGCUCGUCCGGCCCGGCCAUGGCGUUCACGUUCGCGGCCUUCUGCUACAUGCUGGCGCUGCUGCUCACCGCCGCGCUCAUCUUCUUCGCCAUCUGGCACAUUAUAGCAUUUGAUGAGCUGAAGACCGAUUACAAGAAUCCUAUAGACCAGUGUAAUACCCUGAAUCCUCUUGUACUGCCAGAGUACCUCAUCCAUGCUUUCUUCUGUGUCAUGUUUCUUUGUGCAGCAGAAUGGCUUACACUGGGUCUCAACAUGCCCCUCCUGGCAUACCAUAUUUGGAGGUAUAUGAGUAGACCGGUGAUGAGUGGACCAGGACUCUAUGACCCCACAACCAUCAUGAAUGCAGAUAUUCUAGCAUAUUGUCAGAAAGAAGGAUGGUGCAAAUUAGCUUUUUAUCUUCUAUCAUUUUUUUACUACUUAUAUGGCAUGAUCUAUGUGUUGGUGAGCUCUUAGAACAACACGCCGAAGAAUUGGUCCAGUUAAGUGCAUGCAAAAAGCUACCACAUGAAGGGAUUCCUUCCAGCAAGAUCCUGUUUCCAAGAGUAGCCUAUGGAAGCUGAUAAGUUACUUUAAAAAUGACUCCUUAUUUUUAAAAUGCUUCCACAUUUUUGGAUUGUGGAAAGACUGUUUUCAUAUGUUACACCCGGAUACAGAAUUAAAUGGAAUUAAGUAUAAAUAUGAAAUGUUACCUCUGGUGUCAACAGGUUUGAACUUGCACUCUUUAAGGAACAGCUAUAAUUCUCUGACUGAUUGCGUCAGUUACUGACUGUUCUUAGUCCAUUGAAACUUUUCUUUAUUACAGGAACUUGUAGGGCUUAUUUUGGUUUUAUUGAAAUGAAUUUGAUUAUAAAUUAGCUGUAGAUAUCAGGUGCUUCUGAUGAAGUGAAAAUGUAUAUCGGACUUGUGGGAAACUUCACAGGUUUCUUCAUCUAUCAUGUAGAUGAUUAUGGAUACAUUUACAAAAAUAAGAGUGGGAUAUUUUUCCCUUUGAUUUGAGUAUUAUCCCUGUCUAUUGCAUGAAUGAUUUUCCCAUAGUUCCAUCAGAGUAAUAUACUUGCUUUAAUUCUUAAGCAUAAGUGAACAUGAUAUAAAAAAUAUAUGCUGAAUUAUUUUUGAAGAAUGCAUUUAAAGCUAUUUUAAAUGUUUUUAUUUGUAAAACAUUAGUAAGAAAUUGGUUAUGCUUACUGUACUAAUCUGGUGGUAAAGAUAUUCUUAAGAAUUUGCAAGUAUGUUAGCUGUUCAAAAUGGAAUGAGAGAAAAAGCUGUGUAACCACCCCGCUGUUCCUUUAGUGCAAUACAAUAAAACUCUGAAAUUAAGA